AUGCGUUCCAUCCUUGCCUAUGUGCUGGCCAUAUUAGGCACCGGCACAACUCUCGAGAAACCAGUCGGCGUGCCAGGCCUCAUCUUCACCGAAGAAUACGUCGACAAGGUUGCCAACCACUCCGCAUCCUUCCAUCCGAACUUCAGCAAGAACACCGUUGCGGGAGUGCAAGCCAAUGGCCUCCUAGCCACAGCCGAUGUCGACCUUUUCUUCAGCGGAUCUGUAAAUCUUGGAAGAGCUGCUUUUGAGCAGGCAUUGGCCUUUGAUCCUACUGGAGCACUCCGAGCUCAGUUUCUCGACAGACUCAUCAUUGUCGAAGGCAACAUCGCCGCAACACUGAGUGCUACCAGAAUCACUACAAACAGCACAGACGCUCGCUUCGAGACAACACUGGCAGAAACCAUGAUUUUCGACAAAGAUGCACUUCUCAGCCGCAUCGUCAGCAUCAGCGAAGGUGGACUUCAAGCAGCUCAGUUUGCUGGCGAGAUUGCACCGCCGCCCCUCGAGCCGAUUGUACGAAACCCUAUCGCCAACACUUCAUCCGGCUUCACCUUCAAAAUCAAGGAGAAGGCUGCGCAAUUCAACAUCAAUUUCAACAACAAGAACGCUUCAGCCAACGGGCUCCUUGCCACAGAGAACGUCACAGUUGUCUCCGAUGGCCGAAACUCAACGGGUCGUGCCUCGCUGGUGAACUUGUUUACUCGUUACAACACUUCGGUUCCUGAUCUGCUACUUCACGACGAGUUUGUCAUUGGCCAAGGCAACUGGGUUGCCACCGAAUAUAUAUUCCAGGGGACGCGCAAUGGCACCUUCACAAUGGUUAACGGAACGGAGGUUGCUCCUAAUGGGGCCCAGUAUCGUGCCAGGGGGAUGCGGUUUAUGAGAUUCAACAAGGAUGGCUUGAUUGAUUUGUUCUGGCAAGCAGCUGAUAACGACAUCUUUGUUAAUCCUCUGAGUUUGUUGAAUCCGCUUGCUGUUUUGAACAGUGCGGCAUAG